CCCCCCUAUGUGUAUAUUUUUUUAAUACUUUGUGAGGAAAAACUGUCAACCAUAUCCAAAGUGCAGGACCAAAGAGAAGUAAAUAAUGUAUGCUUUUAUUAGAUUCUUUGAAGACGAUAUGUGCUACGCGUUACCCGUUUCAAAUGUGGAAGAUUUCAGACCUCUGCACAAAACAGAUUUUGAUAAUCAGAAGGUGUAUCUGGUUCACAGAACUGAAGAGAAUGGCAGCGCAGGCCAGCCGUGCGAAGCACAGAUCCUUGCCCUUGCAGAUACAGUAGAAGAAUUUGAAGACAGUAUAACACAAAAGAAGAUGAAAAUUCCCAAGAUGUCCACGAAGAAUUCAGGAAACUCCAUCGAGAACAAUUUUGGAGAGGAAAGAAUGCCACUCAGGCAUAAAAAGGCCCUGUCACAGGACCAUGGACGCCCCCUUUCUAACUCAUCCAAAAGCCUAGCGGCGGUAGUGGCUCGCCUAGAGAGAAAUGCAGCCAGCUCUUGUAUGGAGGGCGAGGAGGACCUGGAUGAGGACCGGCUGGCUGAGGUGGGAGAGGAUGCAGAUGACGAAGAUGAUGAUAUGGAGGCAGAGCAUCAGCGACAUCAUCACCAGCAGCAACAGCAGCAUUUGGCGGUGGACACAGAUUGUGUGCCUGAGGUGGCUGCCGCUGUUGUUCCCAGAGUUCUGUAUGAGGAGCUGGUUCACAGCUAUAGGCAGCAGGAGGAGGAGAUGAGGAGGCUACAGCAGGAGUUGGAGAGAACCCGCAGACAGUUGGUGCAGCAAGCCAAGAAGCUCAAGGAAUAUGGCAGCUUGCUGACAGAAGUCAAAGAACUGAGGGACUUCAACAGGAGACUGCAAGACGUACUUCUCAUGAGACUGGGCAGCGAGCCUAUGCAUGACAAUGGCACCCAGACAAUCAAGGCUGAAGUGGUUGAACCUAUUGUUGAGGCCCAGGAGACAUGCAGAGAAGAAGCCAACACCAGUUCCAGCUACUCACCCUCACCUAGAACAGUAUACACCUGCAACGACGGCAAGGUACACCUUGGUGGUGGGAUCUGGGUGGAAGAAGAGAAAUGGCACCAGCUGCAGCGGACCCAGGGAGAUUCUAAGUUCACAAAGAACCUGGCUGUAAUGAUCUGGGGCACAGAAACCCUCAAAAACCGCAGUGUCACUGGAGUGGCCACUAAAAAGAAAAAAGAUGCCUUGCCUAAACCUCCACUGUCACCCAGCAAGCUGAAGAUUGUCAGAGAGUGUCUCUACGACAGAGUGUCUCAAGAGACAGCCGACAGUGCAGAGAUAACGCAGAGAUUGUCCAAAGUGAACAAAUACAUUUGUGAAAAGAUAAUGGACAUCAACAAGUCCAUCAAGAAUGAGGAGCGGCGGGAGUCCAAGCUGCUCAUCAGACAGACAGUCAAGAUGGAGAACUUCACCUACGAUGGCAUAUAGUGAUCAACUGUCACCCCAGCGCCUUCUGCCCCGCGUGGUCUGCAGGAUAUUGAGGGGACUUGAUAUGGGUUGUCGGGGGAUGCUGUAACCAUUUCAGGAGCGGUCGUAUUACUUUGGCACAUCGGAUUGGUUGUUAUUUGAAAUGUUAAAACAAAGAGGCCCCUUCGCCCGCCCCUCCGUAAAGAACCAUCAUCACAUUUCUGUGAGCCCGCUUUUCUAAUUGGCCAACAGACAGCUUUACCCAGUGGUUAGAAACUGAACAUGUGAGCUAGCUUGACAUAGGCUGGUGUGAGUGUUUUUAUAAGCUUUACAGUGGCAUUGGUACAGAGAUGCAGAUUCUUGAGGUUUGUGCAUGUGUGUCAAAAGAGAAAUUAGGUGUGAUUAUUACUUUAUUGUUCUGUGUCAGAACAUAAUUGUUGAGUCCUUGAACUUUUAAAAAGUAAGAGAUUAUUUCCCUGGGCGAACGAAUGAUGCUAGUUUGCAUUAGAGCUUAGAUGCGUGAGAGGUUGACUGUUAUGGUGACUACUCAAUAACUGCUGGGAGUUGGUGCGGUUGGUACUUACUGCAUAGAAUGGGACAUCAGGGUCUCAAAUGCACAAGUCUUAAUUAGUAACAGCCAUAUUUCAUUUUGCAGCAGAGAUUCUGUUGCUCCUAAAGAGAUUAAUUAUGGGCGUGUGCUCCCACUUAACCGUAUAACUUUAUUAUAAAGACAGCUUACUGAGAUUUAAUGGGACUCUGUCGAGUCUCUAGAAUGCUGUAUUUGUUUUUUAUGUUUUUUUAAUGUUAAUCUUUAUGAAUAUUUGCCAUCCACGAGGGAGCACAGGAGACGUUUUGAUCGGAUAUCUGUGUGUUACUUUAAGGAAACUUGACUGUUGAGUUGCAGUGGUACAGGCAUGUUGAGACCUAGAAAGGCCUUAAAUGGAUCUGGCAAUCACCAGGCACUGAUAAGCUCCUGGGUUUUCUAGUAUGCUGUGAUUGUAAAUGUAUUGUAAGCUGAAGUCACGACGCUUCAUCUGCACUUUGCUGUGAGAAUGUACGAGGUGGCCAGGUACUAUUUUCUGUGUAGUUCACACCAUUAAGUUUGGCUGAGACGGACCGCUACCCGGAUGAAAAUCGAGGCACAGCUCUGGUCAUCGUCUUGUGGAAGCGGUGUUAGCUACGGGUAAAGCUGUCUGGGAUACUAUUUUGCUGCUGAAGCUGUCUGGCCCUGCUGAACCCCAUAAUAACCCCCUCUUGUUUAAGGCACGCCACUGGGGAAUUAGAGUAAGGUUGCUCCAGUGACAACUUUCCCUGAGCUAUGCCAUCAGAACUUUUAAAAUUUAGUCUCUUUCUUGUUCUUUCAUGUUUUUAUUCUCUUCUGUUCUGUGUGUGUGUGU